AAGUCAGUAGACAGACUAUACCAUUCCCAAUCAUCUUUUUUCAGUAACUUCUUCCCCACUUCCAUAUCCCUCUCUCUCUCUACAUUUCCCUCCUUUCUCUCUCUACAAACUGUAAUUCGCAUACAAACUCGCACUCAGAUUUAUAUUCUCUUCUACGGAGACGCAAAAUGCCUGCAUUUCAUUGAUUCUCGCGCGUUCUCCACCCAACCAAUCACAACCGGACGCAGUUGGCCGUACAUCAUGUCUACCAAGCCUAAAUCUGCUGUAUCUGGAGCUCCUGCGAAAGCAUCAAUGGAAACUACUCGUUUGAGCAAGGCUAGCAGCAGGGGAGCAGCAAAAUCCAAUGCGGAUGCAGCUUCUCCCUUUCAAAGCUCUCGCCUCUCAGCUGAUCGCUCCCCGAGAUCUGUUCCGUCGAAGCCGGCUGUCGAGCGCCGCUCGCCCAAACUCACCACCCAGCCUGAAAAAAAGGCGACUCGUGUUUCGAAACCAGCUGAAGUUCAGCCUGAAUUGAUUCUAGCUAAGGAAGAGCUUAAGAAGGCUGAGGAGAAGCUAGUUCUGGCUCAGAGUGAAAAGGAGAAGGCUCUUGAUGAAUUGAAAGAAACCCAGAGAUUGGCUGAGGAAGCGAACGAGAAGCUCCGGGAGGCCUUGAUUACGCAGAAACGAGCAGAAGAGAAUUCUGAGAUUGAGAAGUUUCGAGCAGUUGAGAUGGAGCAGGCCGGCAUUGAAGCUGCUCAGAAAAACGAGGAGGAAUGGCGGAGAGAGCUCGAAAAGUUAAGGGACGACCAUGCAGCAGACAUUGCUGCUCUUCUUUCCGCCACUCAGGAAAUUCAGAAGGUGAAGGAAGAACUGGCUCAGAUAAGUGAGGCAAAAGACCAGGCACUGCAGCAUGUAGAUGAUGCAACGAAAAUAGCAGAGGCUCAUGCCCAAAAGGUUGACGUUCUUUCAGCUGAGUUGGUCCAUAUGAAAUCUGUGCUCGAUUCUAGAGUCGAAACAGAGGUAAGUGCGAAAGAGAGAAUUGUAUCAGAACUGAAAUUGGAGAUAGAUUCCCUGGAGAAACAGCUUGAAAAGGCUGAGAUGCUGGAGGAGAAAUUGGCAGAAAAAGAGGCUAUCUUAGAGCAACUUAAUGUUGACCUCGAGGCUGCAAAAAGGGGCGAGUUGUAUGCUCGUAGCCUAGUGGAUCAGUUGCAAGAAAAAGUCGAGGAAUUAGCAUCUCAAGCUGAGCAAGCCAAGAGAUUGGAGAGAUCUGCAUCAGAAUCACUGGAAACUGUGAUAAAACAGCUGGAAGGAAAUAAUGAUUCUUUGCAUAAUGCGGAAUCACAAAUUGGAUCGCUCAAGGAAAAGGUGGUCUUGCUGGAAAUUUCAAUCGAAAGGCAGAAAAGGGAUCUAGAGGAGUCGGAUAUCCUCCUUGACCUCGCGAAAGAAGAAGCUUCGGAAAUGGCAAAGAAGGUUGAAUCUCUGAGGUCGGAGGUUGAGACUUUGAAAGAAGAAAAAGCUCACUCUUUAAACAACGAGAAGCUUGCAGCUGAAAAUGUGCAAACUCUGUUGGAAGAAAAGAACAAACUCAUAAACGAGUUGGGAAAUUCGAGAGACGAAGAGGAGAAAAGCAAGAGGGCGUUAGAAAGCCUAGCAUCGGCAUUACAUGAAGUUUCUGCAGAAGCAAGAGAUGCAAAAGAAAAGCUGUUGUCGUUUCAAGUUGAGCACGAAAACUAUGAAACGCAGAUAGAGGAUCUGAAGCUGGUUCUCAAAGGAACAAACGAGAAGUACGAAAGCAUGCUUGGUGACGCGAGACAAGAAAUUGAUGCGCUGACUGGUUCAAUCGAACAGUCCAAGCGUGAUCACCAGAACUCGAGAGAUGAGUGGGAGCAGAGGGAGCUUCAUUUGAUGAACUCUAUCAAGAAAUCCGAAGAGGAGAAAUCAUCUGUCGAAAGUGAAAUCAACAGGCUGGUCAAUCUGCUAAAAAUGGCUGAGGAAGAAGCUUGUGCAACACGAGAAGAGGAGGGACGUUGGAGAAGUUCGUUCAAAGAAGCUGAGUCGGAAGCCAUUUAUCUAAAGGGAGUCCUUAGUGAAGCAAAGGCUGAGAGCACGAGACUGAAAGAGGGUCUGAUGGAAAGGGAAAACAAACUGCAGAACGUUCUUCAGGAAAAUGACGAGCUGCGGGAAAGAGAAGCUUCUUAUCUAAAGAAGAUCGAGGAGUUAUCUAAACUUCUUGAAGAAGCUCCAGCGAAGAAGCACGAAGAGGAAAACGGUGAGCUCACGGACAGUGAAAAAGAUUACGACAUGCUCCCCAAAGAUGUCGAAUAUUAUGAACAAAACAGCACUGAAGAGCUACCAGCACCUGCAGAGGAGACGCUACAUGAAGUUCAUGAUGUUAUUAAUGACGAAUUUGUGCAGAGAGUUUCGAAAACGGAUAAUCUGAAAGAAAACGAGUCGGAGAAGGGCAAUGACGAAGCUACAGAAGUUGAUCUUAAAAUGUGGGGUAGUUGCAACAUUGAUGAGAAGGACUACUCUCCUGGGGGAGAGACGGAGCAGGAAUCUUUCGAGGACGAAGUAGAACACAAAGCCAGGGGAGCAGACAGCAACGAGCAGGCGAAUGGCGAAAGCUCGCCAACGAAGCAAAACAGUGCGGAGAAGAAGAAAAAGAAGCCAUUGCUUCAUAAAUUUGGGAACCUACUGAAGAAGAAGGGCAGCACCAAUCAGAAGUAAUACACAUCUGUUUAUACAAGAGAUAUUAUAUUCCAAUAUGCUUUGUGAUUUUUUUUUUAAAGAAUUACAUUUUUUAAAAUCUUAUUUUGGCUCUGAUUGAUGGGGUCUGAAUAUGAAAGGGUUGUAUCAUUUUUAGAUUAUUUUGUACCUAUCUCACAAUGUGAUUAGCCAUGAGUCUUGAGUGUGAAUUUGUUUUAUUCAAA